GCAAUAAAUAAACAAAAAACCGAUCUUUGUCGGACGUCAUCUCUUCGCCGGCGAACUUCUUUCCGGUAUUGUUUGCAAAGAACAAUUCCGGCAAGUUUCCGGUGAAUGAAAAAAAAUCUGUGAAAAAAAAAAGAAUUAAAGAUGAGAGAUUCUUCUCCUUCAUUUUUCUCUCGAUUCUGGUCUUCAGCUCUCAGAGCUAAACCACUUAGCAAUUCAUCGGACGUCGUUCGUAUAAACUCCGGCGAAGGCCUAGUUCGCCGCCUCGGGCCUUUUGACCUCAUUCUCCUCGGCAUUGGCGCUUCAAUUGGAGCCGGCAUCUUCGUCGUCACCGGCACCGUCGCGCGCGAUGCUGGUCCUGGAGUGACAAUUAGCUUUAUACUAGCAGGAGCAUCAUGUGUGUUGAAUGCUCUUUGUUAUGCUGAGCUGGCAUCUCGUUUUCCUGCAGUUGUUGGAGGAGCAUACUUAUAUACCUACACAGCUUUCAAUGAACUCACUGCUUUUCUUGUUUUUACACAAAUGAUGCUUGAUUAUCAUAUUGGUGCAGCUAGCAUAGCAAGGAGUUUAGCAAGUUAUAUCAUUAACAUAUUAGAACUUCUACCCUUUUUUAAAAACAAUAUUCCAAAUUGGAUUGGACAUGGUGGAAAGGAGAUUUUUGGGUUUAUAUCUAUUAAUCUAUUGGCUCCUGUUCUACUUGUAGUCUUGACUUUGAUCCUCUGUCGUGGGGUUGGAGAAUCUUCAUUAGUGAAUACCAUUAUGACUAUAACCAAGAUAAUUAUCGUUGUUGUGGUAAUUAUUGUUGGUGCUUUUGAAGUUGAUGAUUCAAAUUGGUCACCUUUUGCUCCAAAUGGUUUUAAAUCUGUGUUAACAGGAGCAACUGUUGCUUUUUUUGCAUAUGUUGGAUUUGAUGCAGUUGCUAAUUCAGCUGAAGAAUCUAAGAGACCACAGAGGGAUUUACCAAUAGGCAUCAUUGGAAGCCUUGUUGUUUGUGUAGCAUUAUACAUUGGUGUUUCUUUAGUGAUCACUGGAAUGAUACCUUACAAAUAUCUUGGAGAAGAUGCUCCUUUGGCUGAAGCUUUUAAAUCAAAAGGAUUAAAUUUUGUAUCCACUUUAAUCAGCAUUGGGGCUGUUGCUGGGCUUACAACUACCCUUUUAGUUGGGCUUUAUGUUCAGUCACGAUUAUAUCUUGGGCUUGGAAGAGACGGUUUAUUACCUGCAAUAUUUGCUCGUCUGGACUUUUUGAAUGUGCAUUUGCUCUCACAUGUUCUCUCAGUUGGCUCAUUGGCAGGAUAUUCAGUAGUGGCAGCAUGUGUAAUAACUCUUCGAUGGAAGGACAAUAUUGGAAAUCAAAUUUCAUCAUCCAUCUUGGUGUCAGUGACACAUAGGCAAGAAGGCAUCAUAUGCAUUGUUGUCAUUGCUUCUUGUGGUUUUGCUGCUGGAAUUGUUUUUCGUUAUGUCGUUUCUGCCCUUGCCUUUAUAUUUCUUAUUAUUCCAAUCGCCAUUGCUUUACUUGCUACUGCAGCUCUUCGAUUUUGCCAGGAACAAACAAAAGCAUCAGGUUUCUCUUGCCCAUGGGUUCCAAUUGUGCCUUCUCUUUGCAUCUUUGUGAACAUAUUUUUAUUUGCUCAGCUUCACUAUGAAGCCUGGAUGAGAUUUAUUGUCCUAAGCAUUGUGGCGGUUGGUGUAUAUGCUUUUUACGGGCAAUAUCAUGCGAAUCCUGUAACCGAUCGCGAAACUGUUAUUUACCAAAAAGCCCCUGAUGAAGAAGCUCUAUAAUUUUUGUAUUAUUGUAUAUAAGUUUAAACUGAAUAACCAUUAGUAUGAAUUAUGUAAGUUUUGCUAGUCAUGUGUAUC